CAGCAGCCAUUACUGUUAAAAAAAAGGUCCAAUGGCGUGACUCUGAUUCAACGGCUCUGCUGUAAUCCCAUUCCUCAUUGGCCAUUACGAGCCAUCAGUCAGUUACGUCACCACACCCAUCAACCAAUGGCGAGGUAGUUUCUAUACAGGAUUAGCAACAGUCUGAGACCCUGCUGGUGUAGCACAACGGUCGGGAUUAAACCUGUUUUUAAUCGGUCAAUAUUAGCAGAGUAAAGCCUUUAUGAUUUAGGGUUGUCUGGCAGUCGUGGAGCUGUGGGUAAACAGCAGAAGAUAGCAGCACACACACUUUAAAAAAAAUAGAAAACCAUAUUUGUUCGAGGCCGUGGCAUGGAUGAGGUACGGCCUACCAGUGGUGCUCAAACCCACGGGCUGGUGCCGCUGUUUCCACCCGGACUGCAGGCUAUCUACGGGGAAUGCCGGCGACUUUACCCCGAACAGGCCAACCCGCUUCAAGUCACAGCCAUUGUGAAAUAUUGGUUAGGGGGACCUGACCCGUUAGACUACAUCAGCAUGUACAGGAGUACGGGCUGUCCUACUCAGGACGUACAGGAGCACUGGCACUAUGUCAGUUUCGGACUGAGUGACCUGUAUGGGGACAAUAGGGUCCAUGAAUUCACAGGGGCAGACGGGCCCAGUGGGUUUGGUUUUGAGCUCACAUUUCGACUCAAAAGAGAGACGGGAGAGACGGCACCGCCAACCUGGCCGGCUGAACUCAUGCAAGGCUUGGCUCGCUAUGUCUUCCAGUCAGAAAACACGUUUUGUAGCGGCGACCACAUAUCGUGGCACAGUCCACUAGACAACAGUGAAUCUCGUAUCCAGCACAUGUUGCUGACAGAGGACCCACAGAUGCAACCGGUUCAAACCCCGUUUGGCUCAGUGAGCUUUCUCCAGAUUGUGGGUGUGUGCACUGAGGAGCUCCAGGCAGCCCAACAGUGGAACGGCCAAGGCAUCCUGGAGCUGAUGCGUGGAGUCGGAGUAGCUGGUGGCUCCUGGCUGAUCACAGACAUGAGGAGAGGGGAGACCAUCUUUGACAUUGAUCCACACCUACAACAGGAGAGAGUGGACCAGGGUAUUGAGACAGAGGGCUCUAACCUGAGCGGGGUUAGCGCUAAAUGUGUGUGGGACGACCUGAGUCGACCGCCAGAGGAUGAGGAGGACAGCCGCUCCAUCUGUAUCGGCUCACAGCCACGGAGGCUCUCGGACAAAGACACGGAGCAGAUUAGAGAGACCCUGAGAAAAGGACUGGAGUUUAACAGCAAGGCAGCAAUACCACCCAUCAGCAGCCAGAGACAGAGCCACGAGAGACCUCAGAGUCGGAAGGACAGUUUAGAGAGUGAGAGUUCAGCGGCCAUUGUUCCUCACGAGUUGGUCCGAACACGACAGCUGGAGAGCGUCCAUCUGAAAUUCAACCAAGAGUCGGGCACACUGUUGCCUCUCUGCCUGCGAGGCCGGUUGCUCCACGGGAGACACUUCACAUACAAAAGCAUCAAUGGAGACACAGCCAUUACAUUUGUGUCUACUGGAGUUGAAGGAGCGUUUGCUACUGAAGAGCAUCCAUAUGCAGCCCAUGGGCCCUGGCUUCAGAUAUUGUUGACUGAGGAGUUUGUGGAGCAGAUGCUUGGGGAUCUACAGGAGCUCAACACUCGCGAGGAGACAAAGUUACCAAAGGAGUACAGUUGGCCAGAAAAGAAGCUGAAGAUCUCUGUCCUUCCAGACUCUGUGUUUGAUAAUCCACUGCAAUGAGACGGAGACACUUCUACAACCCUCCAUCAUACAAACCCCUACAGACACACACUUCCAGAGCGGACCAUCGUGAACAGGAGACCUCGCAGAGCAGGCAGCGACCCUGAGCUGUCUGGGCGCACAGAUAUGUUGAUCCCUCAGAGGACGGCCGGAGACCUGAACAUGAUCUGAGGGACGAUCUAAACUCUUUUGACUGUUACCGCAUUCUUAGACUAGCCCCACUGUUUACAAAGUUUCUCUCGGGCUUGAAUGCUUUUUGGGAAUGUCAAGUCCAGCCUGUGUAGAUGGUCAUUAUAGGUGACACACUAGCUGUAGGGGUAAAUCAGGGUGUUGUCGUUCUUCCAGUAAGGCGUGCCAAGGUCUGAGGUCCAAAACAUGUGUCAUAAAUACAUUUGAUACCGCAUCCUGUGAUCUGCAGACACGGCGUCUCCGGCGAUAACCGUGUUGAUGACCUCAAAAGCAAUUCUAUUUAUUCCACUGGCCUUUUAGAACAGACGGAAAAGUCACAUAUUGGACAUUUUAUUCAGUUUUUCUUUUGAUUGAGCGUGUGUGUGUGUGUGUGUGUGUGUGUGUGUGUGUGUGUGUG